AUGAUCAGUGACUUAAUGAGUCGUAGUGUAAACGACAGCAACUUGAAUACUGCUUUUAAAGAACUUAAACCUGAAAAGCGUCUUAUUAACAUAUUGUAUGACGAAGUUCAACUCAAGAGUGUCCUCCGUUUCACAGCUGGCCAUGUUGUUGGACAUGCUGAAAAUCAGCCAGAAAAAUUAACUACUUCAGCACUAGCUUUUGAGCUGGUUUGUCAUUAUGGCGGACCACGAUUUACUAUUCGUAUUACUGAUGCAAACUCAUUGAAGGAGUACCUGUUAGAAGUUAUUACAACAAUCAAAUACUGCGGUGGUCGACCUAUAUCAAUAAUCUGUGACAACUGCCCAUUAAAUCAGCGGAUGUACAAGAACCAACUGCCCAGCAAGACGCCCUUAGGAAUGACGAAAUUGACACAAACUGCUGUAUUUCCCAAGGUUCAGCAAAGACAGAGUGUUCCACUUGUGUGCCAGGUGUUUGAUAAUAAGACUGUAGCAGCCUUUGAAAUGGACAAUUUAGAAUUUCAACCAGGCACAGUCGAAUUUGUCAAGUUAAUAACAAGUUGGUUCAAAAUGAUGAACGUCAAAGAUAGAUAUAGCUACUUUAAACUCAAAGAUGACAAACGAGAACCCUGGAAGUUUAAUUACGAAAGUUUCAAAAAGUUGGAGUUCAUUUGCAAUGUUGUCAGUACGCGGCAAGAUACUGGAAAACGAUGUCAUAAGCUGACCAAGUUCACUGCCGAUGCCUUCGUGGUAACUACAAAAUUCAACAUAGCUGCUUCAACCGAACUUCUCAGUGACCAUAAUUUCAGGUACGUUCUUCCAGCUGUCUUUUCCCAAGAUCCACGAGAGAAGUUCUUCAGGCAAGCGAGACAGCGUUUUGGAGCAACACCGGAUGAACAAGACUUGGAGAUGCUGCAGGAUAUAACAACUGAAAACACUGAAAAUUUGAUACAGUCCAACAAUUGUCUGAAAGACAAGAUCAUUUUUGUUGCGGACUUCUUAACACGCCAGUAUCACCCACAUUUAGGCAACGAUGAUGCUGAUGAUGCACAAGACUUUACUGUAUCCAGUGACUACACUUAUCAUUUCUAA